AUGCUUAGACUGAAUUUACGGACUUUCAAGCCUAGAUUCAAUGGGUUGAAAAGAUUCCCUUUGAGGACAUACUCCAACUACAAUUACAACUAUAACUAUAGUCAACCAUAUACGAGAUCAAAUUGGAAAAAAUGGUUGGUGGGAACAGGUAUUGUCUCACUUGUGGGAUAUGGAGUAUAUUAUAUUUACUGGCCCAAACACACAUUUCCAUCUCCUGUGGCGACAUUGUUACGUAAGGGGUUAUGGGCUGAAAGUGAUAAAGGAGAAAACGAUUAUCAAUUAGCAUUGAAGUAUUAUAUUGAAGCAUUAGAGAAAUGUAAUGAACUUAACAUGAAUCCAUUGGUUGAUGAAUAUACUGGAAUUCAAUUGAAAAUCGGUGAAAUGUUCGAACGUUUGAACAUGAUAGAUAAAGCUUUAUUGAUCUAUAACGAAAUCGGAUCCUUAUACUUGAAAACUCUACACGAUAAAAGCUUGAAGUUGAAUAAUGAUUAUAGAAAUCAUUUGAUCCAAAAGUCUUUAAGGAUCGGAGUUAAGUUAUCUGAACUUUCUAAAGAUGAUUUGAACCUAUCUAAAGCCAUUUUGAUUGCUCAUUCAUCAGCAGCUACUGUGGAAAUCAAUAAUUUCAUCAAUAGUGCAUCACCAAUGUCUAAGGUAGAUUUAGUCUUCUUGGAUGAAUAUAUCAAUGCCAUAAAUUUAUUGAUUGCAAUUAACAUUCAAUUAGGAGAUUUUUCCUUUGCUAUGGAUAAAACCUUAAAGUUGUAUAAAUUGAUGAAGAUUUCUCAUAUUGAGCCCAAGAAGUUCUUACUUAAUAUUUGUAAUUUGGGAGGAUUAUCAUAUUUACAAUCAGAGAUCUUUGAAUUGAAGUUGAUCAAUCUUUUGAAGAAUCAUAACUUAAACCCUGAUAUCAAAAAUGUCGAUACAUCCUUAUUAGAAAACGACAAAGAGACAUUUGAUGAAAAUUUGAAAUUUUUCAAUGUCUAUAUAAAUUAUGCCACUGAAGUUUAUGAAUUUGUUUUAUCAAGGGCCAAUGAAUUAGUCAAACCUCAAGCAACAGCCAACAAUGCUUCACCAUUGAAUGAAGAAGAAAUUAAUGAUAUCAAUGAAAUCAUCGCAUUAUCUACAUAUUCUCUAGGAGUGAUUAACUUACAUUUGAAAAAUUUCGAUAAAGCGGAAAGAUUAUUAAGAGAAUCUCGAGUUAAAUCCAAAAGUUGUAAUUAUGUUGAUUUAAUCAAUGAGAUCGAAAAUGAAUUGAGUAAAUUGUUCAAAGAACGGGACUUAACGAUGGAUAAAUAG